AGGUCCAUUGUUUUAAUAUAUUCUUCAUUAUACAAUGGAGAUUACUUGAGCGGAGUGGACUGUUACAAUCUUAUCUGUUUGGCGCGGUAUCGAUGUUGCACGGCAUAGAGGGGAACCAUAGCGUGAACUGAAGAAAAACAAACGACCCCCGCCUCAAAGAAAAAAGUGUAUUGACAAGCCUGACAUGGAUACUGCAUUUAAAUGAUUUAUUUUUGUCUUAUAGCAGGUCGCUCUGACUUGCAACUUCGAGUUUGAAAAGGAAAUAUUAGAUUUAGAUUAAUAUAUGGGAGUUUUUGAAGAUCGAGUUGAGAAACGAUGGAACUAUUAAAAAUUUGGAUUUAAUUUCAUUUAUGUGACUAAAAUGAACAAAAUAUAGAAAUGUUAUCAAGGAUUUUGUUAUUAUUAGUAUUUCAUUAUGUGACAGCAUCUUUACUGAAAGUAAAUCCAGAUUCUGAUGAAUGGAUUCGUUAUGGAAGAGAUUUAAGUGUCACUUGUACCUACUCAUCAAAGCACCAGGAAAUUAUUCAACUGUUUCACGAUAACAGUGUGGUAAAAGUCAGCGAUCAGGUGACCAUUACGUCAGAGACGUUCACGGAAGAUGACGGAAAGCAGACGACAGUCUUCAAAUACGUCAAGACUGACGUCAAUUUCGGCGACUCGGGAACCUACGAAUGUAGGGCAGACAAUAUGAAAAAGAGCGUCAAAAUUCAAGUUGUCCAAGGUCGAUUAAAGAUAUUUCCUAAAACCGAGCGAGUGAUCGCAUUUCAGGGAGAACGUGUGACAUUAACUUGUGAAUAUCAGGGUAGUCAUCGACUUCAUGUCAUGUGGUCUUCAAAUUCUGGAAGAGACCUAAAGAAAAGUGGAUUUGUCAUUGGCAGUAUUGUUAGAAGUGGCGAGAACAUCCUAACCAAAGUAGACAUUUCUAAGUCUUCAGCCAGUUUUUCUGAUUCUGGCGAGUACUCUUGUAAUGCUGGACCAUUUUCCAAAACUGUAACUUUGGAAGUUUAUCAAGGUGAAUGCAGCAACAAUUUGGUGACGGGGCCAGAUGGCAUUGCUGACAAUCACAUGACCGCAUCCUCCUACUACGAGGAUUCUGUGUAUGUGGACAGCCCUGACCGAGCGAGAUUAAAUCUCGAGGACGAGAGAGUGCAACGAGAGAACGGGAACUUUGUUAUUUUGGGUGGAGGGUGGAUGGCAGACGGACAAAGCAAAAGUCAAUGGAUACAAGUUGAAUUUAAAGCACAAAGUGUCGUUCGUUCAAUUUUGACUCAAGGUCGAUUUGAAGAAAGGUGUUGUAACAAGUCAGACUGGAUCACAGAGUUCAAAGUUCAUUUUAGCCAAGAUGGAAUCGUCUGGCACAAAUAUAAAGACCAAUCUGGAAAUGACUUGCAUAAUUCCCAGAUACGUAGGUCCAAACAAAAUAAUCUGUAUUUUCGCGCUAACAGUGAUGCCGAUUCGUUUGUGGAGAAUGACCUCCCCUCCCCCAUGAUAACCAAGUUUAUCAGGAUAUACCCUACAGCCUGGCACGGCAAGAUCGCACUAAGACUGGAGAUCAAAGGCUGCCUCAUUCCACAGAAUUUACGAAUUAAGAACCCGGUACAGAGGAUAAUCAAUUUACCAGUCCCGAAGGCAUUGGAAAUCUCCUGUGAGUACACUGGUCCUAGGAAAGACGAGUUAUUCUGGUCAAAGAACUUCGUUCGUAUGGGAACUGAAAGUGGCUUCAGAAGAACGUCACUAGAGCAGUUGUCUGGCGGAAGAGUCACCAUUACAGAUACAAUCGUAAAACAGACGACCGAUUACUUAGAUUCAGGAAAUUACACGUGUUUUGUUCCGAACAGCACAUUUAGCGAAACUGUGACUGUCCACGCAAUGAAACUUGACAAGAGUCCAAAAAUAGAGAGAUACUGGGUGUCAUCCCAGAAUGCUGUUCAACUCUCGUGUGAGUAUCGCUCUAUCAACCAGCGAGAUUUCACAUGGGAAUAUUCUGGUGUGAACAUUCACAACCGCCAAUUCCAAAUCAGUAGAGAUAUUAAAAGGUCUGACGGUGCUAUAUUUGUGACGUCGUCUAUACAUAAAUCAUACGCUGAGGCCACAGACAGCGGUAACUACACGUGCCGUAUUGGAGAAAUGUCUCGGUCCUGGGAAGUGAAUGUACUCACGGUGAAUGGUAAUGGUUCCUGGCAGGCAAUAACACCAAACAAAACAAUGUAUCUGGAAUGUGAUGUAAAAGGUUUGCCAAACGAUGCUCCUUUUCAAAUGUUCUGGACAAAGGAAGGGGUACCACUAAAAGAAGUGGACUCCAACGGAAGAAUGAACUAUUUCCCAAAUUCAAGAACUCUUCAAAUUAUUCGAACUCAGCCCUCAGACGCAGGAAAAUAUGAAUGUAACAUACUACUAGAAGUGGGGACCCCUGCUCAGCAACAGGUUUCCAUCACAAAGGAAAUAUAUGCCCCACCCAGAACUAUGAUCGAUGGCAUGAAAACUAUAAACGUUGGAGAUUCCCUCCACAUGUAUUGUAAAACUUCUGGAUACCCACCGCCAUCUAUCGUUUGGAAGAAGAACCAGAAGAGUCUAUCGGAAUUAGCUUCUCGGGUCACUUUCUUGCCGUAUGGGGGUUUGGAAAACGGGCACCUUGUUGUGUUUGACGUCUCAGGCAGUGAAGCCGGGGAAUACACAUGUGAGGCCAAGUCUGACUACUUUAAAUCGGCAGAGUCACGCCUUCAAGUGGAAGUAAAGGAGGUAUCAUUAGCUACUAGUCCUCCACUGUUAAUUGCUAUCAUCGUUGGUAGUGUUGUGGUCUGUUUUGCAAUCAUCUGUUGUGGAGUGUACGUCAAAUGUAAUCGAAGGGCCAAGAAAAAGAACUAUGCAUAUGAUACAGAUAGUCUUGAAAGACUCCGCCAAUCAAGACCACGCUUACCAAGAAACAACACUUUUGAAGAAGAUCAGCCGAAACUUAUGAAGCUGAUUGCAGACGAGAAUCAUUUCUACUCCAAAAGACCCCCAAUGUCCUCCCCUCCAUUGUCUGUGGCAUCACAAAGAAGUGUGGGGACCUUUGAAUCAGUGUCUUAUGAACGGGAACCUUUUCGUCCCAAACUGGCCACCCCUGACCCAACCUUGACCGACGAUGAGGAGGGGUACAAUACAGGGUCAACACGAGAAAAGGUGCGAUUCUCCUUUGAAGACAUUAAAUGAUGUUUAUUGACAAUUUUGAUCAAAAGUGCAAUGUGAACAGAGUAUGAGCAACAUUCCAUUUUUUAUACAUGUAUUUGUACACAUACGCAUACUAUUGUUAUUAAUAUGGUUCAUAGCUUUUGUGUUUUCUCCUUAUAUGUUAAAAAUCUGAGAAGUGAACAUGUUUUGUGUCAAAUACCAAACUGAAAUUUAUUCACAUCAAACGCAUAGAUUACAAUCUCUUUUGUAAUGGCAAUGCAAAUCAAUCAAAGAAAAAAUAUAUCAUGUUUACAUGUCCUCAUACAAAGCAUAUCAGUUUUAUAUCUGUAUUAUUCCAAAUAUUUACAAUAAAAAUGUACAAAAUAUAA